AGAUUUCUCAUUAGGAUUAUCUUUAGAAAAUCAAGGCUUAACAACAUAUAAACCACCUGCAACUCAUGAUCAGAUUUUAAUAACACAAAAUAAUCUAAUCAUAAUAGGAUUAAUUAAAAUAUUAAAGAAAUUAGAAGAAAUAAAUAUGAAUAACAAAAUUACCAGAGAACUUGAUGAUAUAGGACAAAAGCUAAGUAAUUUAAAAAUAUCCACAUCUGAAGAUAAUAUUAGAAUAAUAAAAAAGACUUUUAAUGGAAGUUUUAUACCAGCAAUGCGAAGUUCUUUAGUGCCCAUAUCACCUAGUGGCCCUUUCAUAGUGCUCAAAAAGCAGUUACCAAUGGGUGCAUUUCAGACCUGUUUGACACCACCUCCCUCUCUUUCUCUUUUCCUCAUUUUAUAGCGCCUUAGACCACCCUCCACUAUGUAUAGACAAGAAGACAUGUUAUUAACUCACAUGCAUGGCUAUAUGCUCUGGCAGUGCCCUAAACCUCAAUAUCUUUUGAAAAUUUUUAGGCUCUGAUGAUUUCCAUUCCUCUCCAUGCCACCACCACACAUCCACACCUGAUGAUCUGGUCACUAUGUUAGAAUUAUUGAUAGUGCUUUAGAAUGCUGAAGUUUUAAAACAAGCUGAAGUUAAGCAAGAUGGUACAGAAGGAAAUUUGGAAAAUAGGAGUAGAAAUGAAUGGUUUCAGUUGAUGAUUAAGGAUAACCCAGUGGCCAUUCUAUUGAUCUUGGUUCAAUCAUCCACAAGGAAGGAAAAACUGUAGAGCAGGGCAUAGAAAGCAGAGAGAUGAUUCAAUGGUGCUAUGUGGUAAACCUUAUUAGGCGGUUUGAAACCAACCAUGCUUCAUGGAAAAUGCUAGGAAAUUAAGGGCGGGCAAAAACACAUUUAUUUGAUGUUUUUAUCGAGUCAUGUAGCAAAGCAAUUUAAGUGACCCAGGAUUAUUCUGUAAGAGUAAACUUUGCAGCAUUAAUAGGGCUACAUGUUGACUGCAUUACCUUGAAUCAUUCUAGAUUCAGUCCAAAAGCACUUCACUUGGUGGAAGUAAGGCCAUCUCUUUGCAUUAAAAUGGUUUGUACUUUUGAUGGCUAAUAUUAAAAGGGAAAAGUCAAUGAAUUAUGAACAUACAGCUCAGUUGGUGUAUGUGUGCCACAAUUGCUGUCUGUGUUGGUCUAGGAGAUUCCUGUUUUUCUGAUUUUAUACUCGUCUUCCAAUCUCUUUUCACCACUAGAGUUUAUUGAGAAAUAGAAGGUUUUAUAGGAUAUAACAAAGGCAUAUAGCAUAUUUCAAAACAUACCAUUGACUGGAGUCGCUGUCCAAUCAUGAACUGAUGAUCUGUUUUAUGUUCUCGUACAUUUGCACAGCAUAUUUCAAAGCAUACCAUUGAGUAGAGUCACAGUGGAUUGGUAUUAUCUACUCUUAAUCUUCUUGCACUCUCCACUAACAUGCAGUUGCUCACAUUGCCUUGCAGAUUCCCCUUGAUUCGUCAUCAAUGGAUGUUGCUGUUUUUUGUCUUUCACUCAUGGGAACCAACUUCCCAAAUUACCUACAGGAAGCACAGAGAGUUCUUAAGCCAUGUGGCUGGCUUUUGAUAGCAGAAGUAAAAAGUAGGCUUGAUCCAAACACUGGAGGAGCAGACCCAAAUAGUUUUUCAAAGGCAAUCUGUGAACUUGGAUUUAAACUAAUUUCUAAGGAUUUCUCAAAUAAGAUGUUUGUUUUGUUUUUCUUCAAGAAGAAGGAGAAACCAUGUCGAGAAAAGGAAAUCGAAUGGCCUGAGCUGAAGCCUUGCCUGUAUAAGCGUCGCUAAGACAGUGGUGUUGGACUUUUCGGGUUGUUGACAUUUGUGAACCUUCGGCGCACCUUCCUAUAGUGGGGGGACUUGCAUGUGAGUGACUUUUCCACCAGCAUUUCACCUUUAACUAUUGCUGCUAUUCAUGGAUGCAGACCAUCCAAUGGUGAGUUGUUCAUUGCAUCGUAUUGCAUCAAUCUAAUGAUCGUGGAGCUCAUUUGAAGGACCAUUGUUUUCAUCCACCAUUAAAGGAAUGUGCAAUACACAUUAGGAUAUAAAUUGAUGUUAAUACAGGCUUUUACAUUAUUUGGAUCCCAUACAAGUAUAAUCAGUCAAUAUCUUGUAACCUUAACAUUUAUCAUUAUUUUUUUUGUUUAUAAUAACCUCUUCAACUUUCAGAAUUUUCACCAA